CCUUUGACGCCUAGAUCGUACUCGAUCCUUCACUUCAAACAUAACAAUGGCAGAUCGGGGACGCGGCUUCAGCAGAGGACGAGGGGCUCCUGGCCCAGGCAGAGGAGGAGGACGCCCACCACCAUCGUCGUCCGAGCCAAAUAAGAACAAGCGGGAGGCCAUCCUAGACCUUUCGAAAUACGUCAACGAGCGCAUUCGCGUCAAGUUCACCGGCGGUCGGGAAGUAACCGGUAUUCUCAAGGGAUACGAUCAACUACUGAACCUAGUCGUGGACGAGGUCGAGGAGGUAGUAAACGAACCUGCACCAUCCCACACGCGCUCCUUGGGACUCGCCGUCCUACGAGGACCGACAGUCACCCUCGUCAGCCCAGUCGAUGGGUCUGAAGAGAUCGCGAACCCUUUCCUUGCGCAAGAGUGAAGUUCUAGGCGAACCACGUAAUAGUCCAUCGCAUCGAUUGCAUCUUUAGUCUCAAUGCCAAUAAAAAUCCAUUCGCCCUUGGCCCAGACCACGCACCAAGCUUUUUAUUUCGCGACAUAUGAUGCCGGUGAAAACAAGGCAUGCACUCCGAGGCUGGAUCAACUUCGAUCAAAUCUUUUAUAUCUUUCCUCUAAAAUCGUACUCGUGUAUCUUAGGCGACAUCAGCUCU